AUGGACAAACUUCGAGCUGCGAUUUUGAUAGUCUCCGACACAGCCUCGGCGAACCCUGCAUCCGACAAGGUUGUUGAUGCCUUGACGCCCAUCUUCGCUGCUGAGGGCAAGUGGGAACCCCCCGCAUUCAGGAUCGUCCCGGAUAACGUGGGCCAGAUCCAACAAUGCAUCCGCGAGUGGGCUGAUGGUACGGAUUGGUAUAACCUCAUUCUGCUCAGCGGAGGGACAGGGUUCGCAAUCAAAGAUAAUACUCCGGAGGCCGUGUCCCCCCUGAUUCAACGCCAUGCCCCCGGAUUAGUACCGGUUGCAGGUGUUCGUGAGAAAUCGUUGAUUAUUACGCUUCCUGGAUCACCAAAAGGAGCCCUGGAGAACCUUGAAGCUGUCGUGAAGCUGUUACCACAUGCCUGUAUGCAGGCUGCUGGUGCCAAUUCACGAAACCUCCAUGCUGGAGGCACGGCAAAACUGGAAUCAGAAGCAGGCAUCAGUGUUCAGAAAGAUCAGACUCAGCACCAACCCCAGAACCACCAUCAUCAUCAUCACCACCACCACCAUGGCCAUGAUCAUGGCCAUGGACACAAGGUUCCAAAGGCACAUACAUCGCCUUCGGACCGACCACAGUCCAAUGACCCUAGUGCAGGUCCUAACCGGCGCUAUCGAUCCUCUCCUUAUCCAAUGCUCUCCGUAGACGAGGCAUUGAGUCGAAUCAAUGAGCAAACCCCCGACCCAGAGAUCAUUGAAGUUCCAGUGACAACGUCCUUGAUCGGUUCGGUCAUUGCCGAAGAUAUAUAUGCUGCUGAAGCUGUCCCGGCCUACCGAGCUAGUAUUGUGGAUGGUUAUGCCGUCAUUGCACCAGACUCUGGCAGCACAGGCCCGUCCACAAAGGGUGUCUUCCCUGUUGCAUCAAUCACCCAUGCCAAUGUCGGUGGAAACCUAGAGCCAUUACAACCAGGCACCAUCGCUAGAAUCACCACCGGUGCCCCUCUCCCCCCUAACGCAAAUGCUGUAGUCAUGGUCGAAGACACAACCUUGGACGCAUGCACACCAGACGGCAAAGAAGAAGCAACCGUCGAAAUUCUGACUGCUGACAUUGAGCCCGGCGAGAACGUCCGCGAACCAGGCAGCGAUGUCUCACUGGGCUCGAAGAUCCUCGCCAGAGGCGAUCUAAUCACCCCCGUCGGUGGAGAGAUCGGUUUGCUAGCUUCAACAGGCACAAAGACCAUCAAGGUCUUCCGCAAACCGCGCGUAGGCGUUCUGAGCACAGGCGACGAGCUGGUAGAACACAACGACCCUCGCCCCCUCACAGGCGGCCAAAUCCGAGACUCAAACCGUCCAUCUCUAAUCUCCUGCCUAACCUCAUGGGGCUUCGAAACCAUCGAUCUAGGAAUCGCCCGCGACACCCCAGCCGGCGAACUAGAGGUUGCACUCCGUGACUCCCUCCGCGGCGUAGGCCGCGCCUCAUCAAGCGUUGACGUGAUCAUCACAACAGGCGGCGUCUCAAUGGGUGAGCUAGAUCUCCUCAAACCGACAAUUGAACGCUCCCUCGGCGGGAUUAUCCACUUUGGCCGCGUCUCUAUGAAACCGGGCAAGCCAACCACCUUUGCUACCGUCCCCUUCAAAGCCACCAGCGAUGUAGACUCGGCCCAAUCUGAACGCCAGUCGAAGCUCAUCUUCUCUCUCCCUGGCAACCCAGCCUCCGCUCUCGUUACUCUCAACCUCUUCGUCUUGCCUUCAUUGCACAAGCUCACGGGUCUGGGUCAUAGUUCUCAGGCUCCCGGUUCAAGACCAUGGCUUGCGCCGCAGCUUGGUCUUCCUCGCGUGGCUGUUGUCCUAACACAUAACUUCCCACUGGAUCCUAAGCGUACAGAGUAUCACCGUGCUAUCGUGAGCGCGUCUCGAUCUGAUGGCCGGCUACAUGCGACUAGCACAGGAGUUGAAGGGGCUGGACAGAGGAGUUCCAAGGUGGGCAGUCUGGCUAAGGCGAAUGCCCUGGUGGUUUUGCGUCCCGGGAGUGGUGUUGCGGCUAAGGGGGAUACUAUUGAGGCUUUGUUGAUGGGUGAUGUUCAUGGUUCUGAUACUAGCUUUGAUUGUUAG